GAGUGCAGGAGAGAAACAGGAACUCUUCACCCCAGGAAAGAGACUGUGCAAAUCGCUGGAGAAAGUGGAAGACACCACAGGCGCAGAGAUGGUGACCGAGGAGGGCACCGAAUGGCUCCUCACCCUGCUGCGGGAGAUGCAGCUGGAACAGUUCUACCCCAGGAUCCGGGACGAGCUGAACAUAACACGACCGGGACACUUUGAUUUUGUGAAACCUUUUGAUUUGGAUCAGAUUGGCAUGGGAAGACCAGGGCAGAGAAGACUUUUUGAAGCUCUAAAGCGGAGAAAGCCUCCGGUACGCCCCAAGUCCUGGAUGUACAAGAUGUUCUCAGCGAGAGGACCAGACAGCCCAGACUCCCCCACGGACAGCGUUACCUCAACGUCGCCGUCAUCCGGCACCCCCCGAGGGGACCCCGACUGCUCCCUGAAGUGUCUGAUCAACGAGCGGGAUCUGAGUCUCUAUGAGCGGCUGGGGGACGGCUGUUUUGGGGUGGUCAGGCGAGGGGAGUGGAGAAUACCCGGCGGGAGGAUUGUGAAUGUGGCAGUGAAGUCGCUCCGCACUGACGCCAGCUCCGACCCAGACGCUCUGGUGGAUUUCCUGCAGGAAGUAAAUUCUAUGUAUGCCUUGGACCACCCGCAUCUCAUACGCCUGUACGGGGUCGUCCUGGCGCAGCCACUGAAAAUGGUUACAGAGCUGGCACCCCUGGGUUCUCUGCACGACACCCUGCGUUCUCGCUAUGGCGCGUUCUCUCUGCCGCUCCUGUGGUCGUACUCCAUGCAGAUUGCAUCUGGGAUGAACUACCUGGAGUCACACAAGUUCAUUCACAGAGACCUGGCUGCUCGGAAUAUCCUGAUGACCAGUGAAGAGAUGGUAAAGAUCGGAGAUUUUGGCCUGAUGAGAGCAUUGGCCGGUCACAACGACCAUUACAUUAUGUCUGCACACCGCAAGAUACCCUUUGCAUGGUGUUCACCAGAAAGCUUAAAAAUUGGGACGUUCUCUCACCCAUCUGAUGUCUGGAUGUUCGGAGUUACCCUGUGGGAGAUGUUUACAUAUGGGCAGGAGCCGUGGCUGGGCCUGACCGGGCGACAGAUAUUAAGUAAGAUUGACCGAGAGGGCGAGCGGCUGGAACGCCCGGAUGAUUGUCCCCAAGCUUUUUAUUCUGUCAUAAUGAAGUGCUGGGCGGGCAAACCGGAGCACCGUCCAAACUUCAGCAGUCUGAUGUCCUUGCUGCAAGAGGUGAGACCACUAGAGGUCCGAGUACAGCAAGAGGUGACUGACCCUACAUUGCUGCGACUGGAUGCUGGGGACAUUGUUACUGUCAUUGAUGCUGGGCCAGACUCCCAGCUGUGGAGAGGGCAAAAUCGCCGGACUCUGAAGGUGGGGCAGUUUCCUUCUUCUAUUGUGUGCCAAGAAGACUUACCUCAGUCUCGGAGCUCAGUACAUUUGUCCAGCAAUCUGGGGAAGAUGUCUCUUAGUGAUGUGGAAGCAGACAGCGAGAGACGGAACAGAGGGAAGGAAGCUGUGCGGAAAGGAGGAGCUGGGACUGGAGGAGUGAAACUGCUACGUAUGCAACGUCUCUCCAAAAGCCUUGAGUCCCUCUCUAACUUUGCUCCUCAAAGCAGCCCGCAAAAUCCUCCACCGCCCAAACACCGCGUGCGAGAUCUGGAGAGUUCACCACCCCGUGACCCAUCCCCAAGAAGAAUGAGCGACCUUCCCCCGCGCCGGAUUCUUGCCAAUCUUCGCCCCCAGAUUCUUCCAAAACCAAAACCGCCUGCUACCAAGGAAAGGUUGCUCCACCUGCCAAACAUGGACUACCCUGCUCAGCAGGUGACACGGUCUAACAAAGAGAAGUUCUCUUCCACCCCAGUUUUAUUUGGGGGGGAAACCAUCAUGGUCCCUCGCUUAACACCGGACGGAAAACCACCAGGACAGAGAGGAGCCGGAGAGAGCGAUUUACAGAGAAAGGUGAAAGAGGUGGAGGAACGAGUGCACGGCGUAACGACAGAAGAGUGCAGGGAGGCUUUGCGGACUUACUCCGGAGACGUCACACGUGCUGUCCACGCUCUAAAGGUGGAGCAGCUGUACAAUGUGAGCCGCCACAGUAAGGAGGAGUGUCGGAGAAUCCUGGAAAAGUGCCAGUGGAACCUGGAGGCCGCUUCCCGCUACGUCCUACGACGCGUGCUUCCUUUGUGAUGUGGACACUGGUAUUUUCCAAUUGAAGAUUUUUUCCUUGGCUGCUUAACAAAGCUUCCAUUAUGAGGAAACUGAGGACUGGCCAAGCGCUGCAGCUCAGUGUUCAGAUUGUGGAAUGUUUGUGCCAUAUACAGGACUAUGGCAAUGGGCGCAUAGGACACCUCAUGUUGAGGUCUGUCUACAGAACGUCUGGGAGUCUUGGGGCGCUGGUCGUCUCUUCCCUCCAUACACAGGAAGGUCUUGGGUGUUUUACUCUUACAAUGAACUCUUGGCCCCCAAAACCUGAAUAAUGAUCAAAAGGUAGAGGAUCAAGCAAAACGUGGGGGUGCUUCUAUACAGGAUUCCCAACAUCUUGGGACUGGCAUCAUCCUAAUAUUGACAAUGCCACCAUAUUUACUGGCAACAAUCAUCUGACUGUAGUGGUUGCUGCAACUGAUCCCUGAUAUUAGUCUGGGAGGAAUGGGAGCGACUAUGUUGGAGUUUGGUGGAAUCGGUCUGUGACUAACAUAAGUGGCCAUGUUGGAGUUUGGUGGGACCAGUCUGUGAGGAACAUAAGUAGCCAUGUUGGAUUUUGGUGGGAACAGUCUGUGAGGAACAGGAGUGGGCAUGUUGGAUUUUGGCGGGACCAGUCUGUGAGGAACCUGAGCAACCAUGUUGGAGUUUUGCGGGACCAGUCUGUGAGGAACAUGAGCGGCCAUGUUGAAGUUUGGUAGGACCAGUCUGUGAGAUCAUGUUGGAGUUUGGUGUGGUGAUUUUAUUCCACUGAGAAGAGACUGUUACAGUGAUAAAUGAGAGUCAGAGGGUCACAGUUUGGUGGUACACAUUACCAUCUAUACAUUUGCGCUGAAAGCAGUAUUUGAGUACUUUUUUUAUUAUUAUCAAGGCUCAGUGGACAUUAUAGCCGCGGUUUAUGGUUCGUGACAGAGUCUGUAUGGAAAUUCCUUGAGUUGCCUCUGAGGGUACGAGAGAGGGGAGGUGUUAUUGCCAGACGUGAUAGACCAGUUACAGAAAACCUUCAGGGGAACUGCAGAGCGACGCUCCCACCUGUCAUCGUGCAAUCUCCAGAAACCGGUCUGACUCCUUCUGAUAUGUAUAGAAGCUUACGGCUGACCUCGCACCUACCCCUAGUGUGUACAGGUGUAUGUAUUUAUGUGUACAGGGCUGUGAAUAUAUAUUGUAUAUUAUUACACUUUAUACUGUUACUGUU